AUGGCCAGCAACAUGGCGACGAAGGCGAACAAGGUGCAGAAAGCAUUGGUCCGUUCAAUUAAACAGAGGUAUCCUGUGACAAUAAAUGAUCUCACAAAGACCGAAAUGGACAUGCUAAUUGGUGCCCUGAACGUAGACAAUAUCAGCCAUAUGGGACGACCCACCGCACCAGACGACGGAGUCAAAGAGGCAAUCAAAAAUCUUCCAGCAGUCCUCCGCAGGUCUGCCUUCAUUCGAAUGGUUCCCAAUGAUGUCAUCUGCCCUGCCUUUCUCUGUGAGCCACACAAGGGAUUAAAUCCGUAUAUCAUAAAUCAUAUUUCGGUUCUUCUGAAGCGUGAAGUCGGCGGUCAUUUGAAAUUCCUCGACAGGUACUAUGACAAACUCAAUGAGUGUCUUAGGGAAUUGUUGACCGGUCUCCACGAUAUCCGACAGAUAUUGUGGAAUACAUCGUUCCCAAUCAAUAGUCUAGGAGCAGUCACUGUCCAUACUGACGAGGAUAAAUGUGAGGCAUGCCUGCUGGCGCAAAUUAUAGACACGCCUAUGUGGCUGCAGAAUCUUCGUACAACGCUUCUAAGUCGAACUAGGACGAAAAAAAGCCACCGAGCCCCAAGGCUACUUCGAUUUGUCGACGGGGGUAUCUGCACUCAUAGACGCCUUACUACCGAGAUAUUUUAUGUGAGUGGUCAGGUAGCAUAUGACUUGAAAGCAGCGAGAAAGGAAGCUAUCAAAUAUUUCAAGAAAAUAGAGCCCAACGAUAAUCCGGACGGGGAUGACAACGGUGCAAAGAGGCACACUAUCCUUGUCUUCUGGGACCGGAACAACGACGCAGCGACUAGUGAUUUCAUCCCCACGGAGGUCGACAAUUUCCAUGAAACCUCAUUAGCCAAUCCGGUGGAGUGUGACUCACUUAUAGAUGAAAUUAUUGGCACUUACGCCGCUCUGCCAAGUGAAGAAGACGUGGACAGCGCAUCCUACCACCUCUUGAUAGAGGAAAAUGAUAAGCUGCCUCCUGUUAACCCCCUCUCUAUCAGGAAGAGUGGGCGUCAGCAAUUUCCCGCACUUGACACCGUCACCAAGCCAGUCAAGCAUGAAGCACGCAAAAGCAAGGAGCUCCCGCCCCGUCCGUCAUCAGCCACGGAGGAAGGCAAGUCUCGUGCUCAACCGUCGCUUGACACAAAACAAAAGCGUGUAUCAGCGUCUGCUUCUGUCGAACGUGGGAGCAGGUGCAUCCCUUCCCUUCAGGUGGACUGGAAGAAGAUUAUCCACGGGCUAUGUCCAUUGCAAAGUAUAUCUAAGGGACUUAAACACACGGUGCCCGGAAAUAGCGGAACUGCAGAGCGCAUUGCAAUCGAUUACCAACAGUUGCUUAGCCCACGAGUGGAGUUGGCAUAUUCUGAGUCCGACUAUGAGGACGAUUCAGAUCCUGCAGCAGGACCUGGGGAUACCACAUGGAGUCUCGUUUGUGCAGACGCGGUUGCCCUAUCCAAACCCAAGGAAGCCAACCCCAGGGAAGUUACUCUGCAUAAACGUAAACAACGUUGA